AUGGACAACCCAAACAAAGAAGAAAUCUCUCGAGGGGACAUGUCACCAAUUUCACCAUUCACCAAAUUCUGCUUGACUUCUCUGCCAUCCAUAGGCAAUUUCAGCAUUCGAGCUGUCGAAGAAGCCAUGGAUAUAGAAAAUGAAGAAGAAGUGAAAACUGAGCAGCAAGAAACUGCACCAAAUCCUUGUGGAUGUCAAAGAACGCACUGUUUAAAGCUCUAUUGCGAGUGCUUUGCAAACAAUAGGUAUUGCAUUGGCUGCAAUUGCCAUUAGAUUAGAUAGAUGGAGAUGCGUCUUUAUAGCCCCCAUUUCUUGGACAUCAUGUGCUUCACAGCUACUGUUGUGAGAUGGACUCCCUCAAGUCAAAUUGAGCCCAGACCAAAACCGGGUCUAUUGUUAACGGUCAUUUUAUGUAUAUGCUGCAUUGCCAUAAUUGUCACAAUCUGCCAAGCUACGAAAAUGCAAGAGAAGAAGCAGUCAAGCAGAUCAUCGAAAGAAAUCCAGGCGCUUUUAGGGAAGACUUCAGCACAAUUCAAAAAGCUUGCCAUUGCAAGAGGUCGAAUUGUGUAAAAAAAUACUGUGAAUGCUAUGAAGCUGGGAAACCCUGCACAGCUUUGUGCAAGUGUGAGGGAUGCAAAAAUGUGGGAAAUCAGUAA